UCACCGUUAUGUUUACUACAAAGAUGUCCACCUUGCUAGCUGCUAGCUUGGUUCUGGACAGAAAAAGAGCCAGACUCUGAAUACCUCAGUGCUAAUAGGACUUUUGUAGGGCUUCUGCCGAUCUCUGAAAAUGCAGCUGAAGCAUCUGAAGACGCUUUUAACCCCUCAGGAGGGUGUUGCUAAAGUGACAUGCAUGGCCUGGGCACCAAACAACACCAAGUUUGCCGUUUGCACUGUUGACAGAGUGGUGCUGCUUUACGAUGAGCAGGGCGAGAGGAGGGACAAGUUCUCCACCAAACCUCUGGACUCAAAGUUUGGAAAACAGAGCUACGCUGUCAAUGACAUGGUCUUCUCGCCGGACUCCACCAAAAUCGCCAUCGGCCAGUCGGACAACAUCAUCUUUGUGUACAGAAUCGGGGAGGAGUGGGGGGACAAGAAGGCCAUUUGCAACAAAUUUGUUCAGACGAGUGCCGUGACUCGCCUGCUGUGGCCGGCAGACAACGCCAUUGUUUUCGGACUGGUUGACGGGAAGGUUCGGCUGGCCAACACUCAGACGAACAAAUCUUCCACCAUUUACGCCACAGACUCCUUGGUCGUCUCGUUGGCUUCCAAGUCCCUGUUGGUCUCUGUUGGUCCCUGUUGGUCUCUGUUGGUUUCCCGUGUGCUGACCCGUGUCCCAACCAUGCUUCAGGGCAAGCUGCUGACCCACCCGUGCCCGCCCUACGCCCUGGCCUGGGGGGCCAACAGCAUCAUGGUGGGGGGCUGCGACAAGAAGGUGGUGGCCUACGGCAAGGAGGGCCACGCCCUGCAGAGCUUCGACUACAGCCGCGAGCGCACGGAGAGGGAGUUCACGGUGGCCGCCGCCAGCCCCAGCGGCCAGUCCGUGGUGUUCGGCAGCUUCGACCGGUUACGGGUCUUCAACUGGGCCCCCCGCAGAGGCGUGUGGGACGAGGCCAAACCGAAGGAGAUCAGCAACCUGUACACCAUCACCAGCUUGGCCUGGAAGAAGGACGGCUCUCGCCUCUGUGCGGUGAUCGUGAGGAGCCUGUCCUCAGGAACACGGGUGGUCCUGAAGUCCUACUAUGGCUAUGAGAUAGAGGAGGUCAAAAUCCUGGGGAAGGAUCGCUACCUGGUGGCCCACACCUCCGACACCCUUCUGCUGGGAGACCUGCAGACAAAUAAACUAAGCGAGGUGCCGUGGCCCGGUUCUGGAGGAAAUGAGAAGUUCUUUUUUGAAAAUGAAACAGUGUGCAUGAUAUUUAACGCCGGGGAACUGAGCCUGGUGGAGUACAGCAACAACGAGAUCCUGGGAUCUGUCCGGACGGAAUUUAUGAACCCUCAUCUCAUAAGUGUGCGACUAAAUGAGAGGAAGCAGAGAGGCGUUGAAGACAAUAAGAAGCUUGCUUAUCUGAUUGACAUAAAGACCAUCGCCAUCGUGGACCUGGCUGGAGGCUUCAAUCUGGGAACCAUCAGCCACGACUCCAAGAUCGACUGGCUGGAGCUCAACGAGACCGGACGCAAACUGCUGUUCAGGGACAAGAAGCUGCGGCUCCAUCUGUACGACGUAGAGUCCGGGAUGAAGACCACGCUGCUGAGUUUCUGCUCCUACGUCCAGUGGGUGCCCGGCAGCGACGUGGUGGUGGCGCAGAACAGAGGAAACCUCUGCAUCUGGUACACCAUCGACAGCCCGGAGAGCAUCACCAUGUUCCCAAUCAAGGGAGACAUCGUGGAUGUGGAGAGAGCUGAGGGGAAGACGGACGUGGUGGUGACAGAGGGCGUCAACACGGUGACCUACACUCUGGACGAAGGCCUGAUCGAGUUUGGCACGGCCAUCGAUGACGGAGACUACGACAGGGCGACGGCGUUUCUGGAGACUCUGGAGAUGUCCGCGGAGACUGAGGCCAUGUGGAAGACCCUCAGCAAACUGGCCCUCGAGGCUCGCCAGCUGCACAUCGCCGAAAGGUGUUCCGCUGCUCUGGGUGACGUCUCGACCGUCCGAUUCCUCCACCAAACAAACCAGAUUGCAGAUAAAGUUUCCCAGGAAAUGGGAGAAGACGGGACGACGUUUUACCAGGUGCAGGCCCGGGUCGCCAUGCUGGACAAGAACUUUAAACUGGCUGAGAUGCUUUACAUGGAGCAGAACGCCGUGGACGAGGCCAUCGAGAUGUACCAGGAGCUCCACAUGUGGGACGAGGGCAUCGCUGUGGCCGAGGCCAAGGGUCACCCGGAGCUGGACAGCCUGCGCGGGAACUACUUCCAGUGGCUGACGGAGACGGGCCAAGACGAGAAGGCCGGCGAGGUGAAGGAGAGCGAGGGGGACCUGCAGGGCGCCAUCCACCUGUACCUGAAGGCCGGACUGCCGGCCAAAGCCGCCCGUCUGGCCAUCGGCCACCCGGAGAUCAGCAGCAGCAGCGAGACCGUCGGUCGGAUCGCCGCCAGUCUCAUCAAGGGGGAGUUUUAUGAGAGAGCUGGUGAUUUGUACGAGAAGAUCAGGAACAACCAGAGAGCUUUGGAUUGCUACUGCAAAGGAGGGGCCUUCAGGAAAGCGGUGGAGCUGGCUCGCAUCGCCUUCCCUGCCGAGGUGGUGAAACUGGAGGAGGCCUGGGGAGACUAUCUCGUCCAGCAGAAACAGAUGGAUGCUGCCAUCAACCACUUCAUUGAAGGGGGGGGGGUGGUUUGGGGGGGGGGGGGGGGGGACUGCUCCCUCAAAGCCAUCGAGGCGGCCAUCACAGCUCGUCAGUGGAAGAAAGCCGUCCACAUCCUGGAGUUACAGGAGGACCCGUCGGCGGGGAAAUACUACGUGAGGAUCGCUCAGCACUACGCCUCCAUGCAGGACUACGAGCUGGCAGUGGAGUGCAUGACAGAGGAGGAGGUCACAGCUCUGUACGUCAGCAGGGCCCAGGAGCUGGAGAGGGACGGGAAGUUCAAGGAGGCCGAGAGGCUGUUUGCGGCCGUGAAGCAGCCGGACAUCGCCAUCACCAUGUACAAGAAGAACCGCAUGUUCGACGACGUGGUGCGCCUGGUGGCUAAACAUCACCCCGACCUGCUGACCGAGACACAUCUCCACCUCGCCAAGGAGUUGGAGGCUGAAUCCAGGUUCUCAGAGGCAGAGUACCACUUCAUGGAGGCGGAGGAGUGGAAAGCUGCUGUCCACAUGUACAGAGUCAACGACAUGUGGGAGGAGGCCUACCGGGUGGCGAAGAGCCACGGGGGUCCUGGGGCCCAGAAGCAGGUGGCGUACCUUUGGGCCCGGAGUCUGGGGGGAGAAGCUGCCGUCAAGCUGCUCAACAAGUUCGGCCUGCUGGACUACGCCAUCGAGUCGGCCAUUAUCAAUCUCUCAUUCGACUUUGCCUUCGACUUGGCCCGCCUUUCAAGUAAGGAAAAGAUUCCUCAGAUCCACUUCAAGCACGCCAUGUACCUGGAAGACGAGGGAAAGUUUCCUGAGGCUGAAGUUGAGUUCAUCAAAGCCGGGAAGCCCAAAGAAGCCGUGUCUAUAGAGGAUGUAUUAAAGGAGGAGGUGUUGGUGACUCCUCAGCUGGUCCCUGGAGAUGAGGCACGCAGCGACCAGAAGGACAUGUCUGCUCUGGCCUUUUACCACAACCCUCCACCCUCCGCUUUGGCAGCCUGCCACAGACCGAUCAGGUCCGGGUACGUUCACAACAAGGACUGGGCCAGCGCGCAGCGGGUGGCAGAGGGACACGAUCCAGACAGCGUGUCCGAGGUUCUGGUCGGCCAGGCCAAGUUCUGCUUCGAGCAGAAGGACUUUCAAAAGUCCGAGGCCUUCCUGCUCCGAGCCCAGCGGCCCGAAUUAGCUGUCAAGUUCUACAAAGAUGCAGACAUGUGGAGCGACGCCAUGCGUAUCUGUAAGGAGUACCUCCCCAACAAGCUGUCCCUGCUACAGGAGGAGUACGAGAUUGAGACCUCCAAGAAGGGAGUGCGGGGUGUGGAGGGCCUUUUGGAGCGGGCCAGAGAGUGGGAGCAGGCGGGUGAAUACUCCCGGGCCGUGGAGUGCUACCUGAAGGUGAAGGACGACUCCAACACGGCUCUGAUGGAGAAAUGCUGGAUGAAGGCGGCGGAGCUGUCCAUUAAGUUCCUGAGCGGGGAGCGGGCGGUGGAAGUGGUCCAGGCGGUGGGGCCGCGCCUCGCCGGCCUCCGGAAGUUCAGCGCUGCGGCCGAGCUCUACCUGAACAUGGACCUCAUCAAAGAGGCCAUUGAUGUCUUCAUCGACGGAGAAGAGUGGAACAAAGCCAAGCGAGUCGCCAAGGAGCUGGAGCCGAGGUACGAGCACUACGUGGACCAGAAAUACAAAGAUUUCCUGAAGAACCAAGGACGGGCGGAGUCUCUGGUGGGGGUGGACAUCAUGGCCGCUCUGGAUCUGUACGCUGAGAAAGGCCAGUGGGACAAAUGUCUGGAAACGGCAUCCAAACAGAAUUUUAAGAUCCUUCAUAAGUACGUGGCUCUGUACGCCACUCACCUCAUUAAGGAGGGCGACUCCCUGAAAGCCGUCCAGGUCUACUUACAACACGGAGCGUUCCCAAACCCGCAGAACUUCAACAUCUACAAGCGCCUGUUCCUGGACCUGACCAGCUGCGAGAACGUGUCCAAGUCGGCCGAGGCCAACUCCCCGGCUCACCAGGAGUUCGAGCAGAUGCUGCUGGUCGGCCAUUACCUGGCCUCCCGUUCCGCCGCCAAAGGGCUCGAGCAGCUGCUCAGCAUAUCAGCCAAGCUGUCGGUGUCCCUGCUGCGCCACACGGAAAUCAUCCCGGCAGAUAAGGCUUUUUACGAGGCGGGUUUGGCCUGUAAGGCCGUUGGCUGGGAGAACAUGGCCUUCAUCUUCCUCAACCACUUCCUGGACUUGUGUGAUGCCAUCGACGAGGGCACCCUGAACGCUCUGGACCACUCAGACUUCCUGGACACCGACAUCCCCUUCGAGGUUCCCGUUCCCACCAAACUCUGCGUCAGCGACGCCCAGCGGGAGCAGAUCCGUGACUGGGUGCUGAUGGUGUCCAUGGACCACCGGCUGGAGCAGGUCCUGCCCCUGGAUGAGAGGAACACCUUCGAGGCCUCGCUGUUUUACAGCUUCCCAGGCUACCCGGUGCUGAGGAACAAAAUCGAGUUCUCCUCAGCGGGAAAAGCGGCCAACAAAGAAGACUGGAACAAAUUCCUCAUGGCCACAAAGACCACUCACAGUCCAGAGUGUCAGGACGUCCUGAAGUUCAUCGGUCAGUGGUGCGGCGGUCUGCCAGCGCUGGGAUUCUCCUUCCACUAACAGCUUUGUGACCUAUUAUCUCCAUUUUGCACUUCCAUGUUUACUGCAAGACUCAAAGUCCCCAGAGUCUUCCUCGCUCUCUUUCUAUUCCAUUGCCUCUGUUGCAUUUCUUGACUAGCCACAUGCUAUUUUUCACAUGUAUUUAUUCAGUACUGCAUUUGGAAUUUUUUGUUGUUGUUGUUGUUACCCUACUAUGAGAAUUCAAAUGCUCAGUCUCCCCCACUGUGUCAUAUCAAUAAUCAAAUUUUAAAUGAGUAAAAUGUAACUAAAAGCAGCAGUAUGUUGUGCUUAAAAAGCACAAUAUAUGUUUUGCAUAUAUUCGAAAAGCCUACAGAAACUUGAUAAAUAAAGCUGAAUACUAAUUUGGACAAGAAACAUCGUUAGCUUAUUUGCUAUAUGGUAGAUAUGAAGCUACAGCUUGUUAGCUUAGCUUGGAGCUGGCUGGGUUUACAUCAGAUAACUUAAUUAUUCAAACCAAUGGAUGUUACCAUUUUUCCCAUUUAAAAGAAAAGCGAAGGUUUAUUUGUUUACAUCACAAGGAUUUAUUUCUAACACCAAAUCUCUGGAAACUGGUUGAAACUUCAUAAAGACAACUAAAACACACUCGAACAUAUUUUAAUAAUCUACGAACACAGACUUAAUAUUGAUAUUUUGUCCUCAUGGGGCUUUUACAAUUUAAAGGGAAACAAAACAAAAAGAUUUUAUCUCAGAAUAAUCCAUAUAGAUAUAUAUUUUUAAUUCUAUUUACAAUCCAGUUGAGAUUUAUCUUUAACUUUGUCGCCAUACUAUCUCUAUUUCUAUCUAUAUUCUGUAUAAUUUCCGAUUUCAACAUUUUCUCAGGAUGGCAUUGCUGAACAAAAGCCAAAGGUUUUUGUCUGAAUUUAAAUCGGAUGUUAUGACUCCUAUAAUACGUAACACCAUUAUUGUCUGCUGGCAGUUCAGAGGACCAUUUAGAGGAUGGAAAUGUGCUCUUAUUUCUGUGUAUGUGGUUCCGAUUCCAGUCAUUUCAGGUGAUGCCUUCAUGGUGUGUUUGAUAUGGAAUGUAUUUUGCUUAAAAAAGUUGAAAUUAAAAAUAGUUUUAAACGUUUUUCGAGCCUGUUUGUGCUGCUGUUCCUUGUAUACUUUG